CCGUGCUCCCAGAUCACAUGGACUGUUCAUUAGGGGUUGGCACAUUUAGCCAUUAGUACGUAUCAAUUGACGAUUAAAGUAAGGGCAUUAUUGUUAGUUAUUAUUGUCAGUAUAUUCCAGUGACAAGUGACCGAUUUUAAAGAAUUAUAAUAUAUAUUCUUUGCCAGUUUAUAAUAGCUAAGUGAUAUCAACGUUAUAUUAUAACGUUAUAUAGUAUAUGUAUUACAAUUAUUUUCUCACACUGGCGAACUAAAAAUUAUUUGCAAAAAUAUUUUUAAUCACAAGUAUGAGUUUUGUGUAAUAGAUAUCUGCCAUAAGAUUGUCAUCUUUCCUUCAGUAUCUACAGUAAAUAAACAGAAAAAAAUUGUUUCUAACAAUUGUAAAAUGGAGGAAAAAGGUAAAACUGUAAUAGAAAAUAUAGAAAAUGCCAAUCCAACAAAGAAAGCAAGAAAGCCUAAAUCUAAGCCGAAAUCACGACGGUCACCAACUUCACAUCCACGGACUUCUGAAAUGGUAAAUGCUGCUAUGAAGGAAUUGAAAGAUCGAAAAGGAUCGUCUUUCCAAGCAAUUAAAAAAUAUAUUUCUUUGACAUAUGAAGUUGAUGGAGAGAAAUUAGCACCUUUUAUUAAAAGAUAUUUAAAAGGAGCUGUUACUUCAGGCACUGUUGUUCAAACAAAAGGUAAAGGUGCUUCUGGAUCAUUUAAACUUUCUACCAAGAGUUCCAUUAAAAGUUCCGACUCAAAAAAGAUUCCGACUCAUCAAACUAUCAAACAAGUAUCAAAAUCUAAAAAAGAAAAAAUUAAAAAAUCUGUUGAAAAGAAAACUUCGCCGUUGCGAAAAUCUGUAUCAUCAAAAAAACUAAGCUCUGCAAAGAAAGCUGAAAGAACUAAGAAAUCAACAAAUGUGAAAAAAUCAACAGUAAAAACAGCUCAAAAAACUGAAAAAGUUAAAUCUAUAAAAGAAUCUAAAACUAUGUCAAAGAGUAAAAAGACGACUAAAGCACCAGCAGCUAAAACGAAAACUCCUAAACCCAAAAAAUCAAUAGCUAAUAAAACAAUUAAAUCAACAGGAAAAAAAUAGUUA